GUGUGUGUGUGUGUGUGUGUGUGUGAUCGGCAGAGGGUGACAGCAUAGAAUUGUGGGAGGUAGAGGACAUUCAGGAACAGUGUCAGGCUGAACCCUGCUCAUCCUACUUACCCACCUGCCUUCUGUCCAUGUCUCGGUUGCUGACUUGAUGCUGGGCUCACAGGUGACUGCUGUGACCAUCCUGUGUUUGCACCAGGCAGAUGAUGCCCGGGGUCCCUGAACAUGCUCCCCUAUAAGACAGGCUUAUGAGGUGUCUCCCUUGGAUCCUGUCAGGGCUCCCUAUCCCUUUACCAGUUGGUUCUCUCCAGGAGCCUGUGGCUGUGGAGCCUUAUAGUGAGGCCUCGUGAGUCCAAAUACUGUGGUGACCACAGGACCCUGAGUGGUCGGGAGCCAGCUGCACUUCUCAGAACCCUGCUGGCUAACAGAGGAGUUGAGUCAUGGCCUCAGACUGUGUUCAAGCAAUCUCAUGUUUUUGCAUAUUUUUCUCAAGCAAUAAAUGAGGGCUCUGACACUGAGCCCUUAUUCCACUACAAGAAAGGAAAUCCCCAAACCUUCUGCCUGGAGGACUCGGAAAGCUUCUAGAGGUGGUGGGGGCAAAGAGAGAGGAACCUAGGGUGGGUCCUCAGGCAGGCAGUGGCAUGUGGCCCGUGGUCAUCCCCCAACACUCGCUGAGGUUGCUUUCUAAAGGACGAAGUUUAUUCUUGUGGAAUUCCGUCAAGUACAGACACAUCCCAAGGGCCAUUAAGAGAGAAGCAGGCAUGCUGAGGUGGGGGCCACUUGCAGAAGGGGCCAUGUGUGGCUAAGACACCAUCUCUAAUCCUCUAAUCCUUAAUCCCUUUUAUUCUCUCUCCUCUGGAAGAAAUUGAAAAGGGAAUUUUUUAUGGUAGUGGAAGUAGAUAAUGACGGCUCCAGUGUUGGUCUGCAUAAUUCUAUCAAGAGUGUCCUGUUAUCUGGGUGGGAGUCACUCCUGUGACCUGAGUGCCCAGUAGCUUUGUGUCCUUGUGGUGGUGGCAGUGUGGGUGUGGUGUGUGCGUCCGUGCACGUGUAUGUGUGUGUGCAUGUUUAUGUGCCUAUACAUGUGUUUGUAUGUGUGGUGUGUAUAUGUGUGUGUGGUGUGUGUGUAUGUGCCUAUGCAUGUAUGUGUGUAUAUGUGUAUGUUGUGUGUGUCUAUAUGUGCACGUGUGUGGUGUAUGUGUGGUGUGUGUGUGUGGUGUGUGCAUGUGUGUGUGUGAUUCAUACAGAAACUGAAGAUGGGUGCAGCACAGUGUAGGGCUUCUCCUGAGAACGUCACUCAAGACCUUCAUCUCUGGGAUGCUGCAUUGUCUCCCUCUUCUCCCCGCAUCUGCACACCAUGCUCUUGGCUUUGAUUGUCUGUGUUCUGGCCGACAACUCUUCCCAGUUAGCUUUCAAGCUAUGUGAGGGUUGGGUGCUCUCACUCCCUUCUCUGCUUGUGUGCUCUGCAAUGUGGGCCACAAAACCAGGAUGCUUGGUCAUGGGUCACAGAAGCCCAGUUCCAGAGAGCUGAAGGGAGAGACUGAAUUCACCCAGUACUGGCUUCAGCUUCAGGCAUGUCUAGCUCCAGAGACUCUGAUGUAAGUACUAGUUUGUGACCCUCAAGCUGUCUGGACCCUGGCUCUCUGUUUUGCUUUCUUUCCAAAGGUCUCCUAGGUCACUCUGUGAGAGUUAGGUUAAAGAUGGCUGUAUUUCCCAAGGUUGCCAAGAUGUCUACACCUGAAGCUCUGGAUUCUGUUGAAUUCCUCUUGUUGGCCAGAGGCUGAAAUACUGGAUGAGUAGUCUGGACUUACAGGCUCACCUUGAGACCACCAAGCAUGGAUCCUGGGGGUGGAGUUUUGUCUCUACGCAUAAUCCAAGUACCCCUAAUGGAGCAGGAGGGUGCUCUGGACAGGAUGCAUUGUGGGUAGAGAGGGAGGAGCCAGAGCGAUCUCAACAACCAUCUCCCACCCCUUCUGGCUUCUUCACUGAGGGUUAUCACUGCUGUGGAGAAUGCUAUCCUACCCCAACCACCUGGACCAAGCGGUCAGCCCUCGGCUGUGGCUGCUGCUGAGAGUAGAAGUUCCUGAGGUGACCACAACACCCUUUAUACCUGCAGUUUACAGUGUGUGCCAGGUGGUUCCCAAAUCUGGUAUCCUGGUGUCACUUGUCCCAUGUAGAGGCCACUCACACUUAAAAGAAACUUGUCUGUGUCUCAGUGACUGUCCUGCCUGAUGUCUCUGUUUCUUCGAUCAGCGUACACUGUGGUGGCAGGUUCUCAGGUGACAUGCAGGUGAGAUGACAUGCGUGCCCAUGGGGAACGCUGUUUCCUGGUCAUGCAAGGCAGUCCUAUUAGAAGGAGUUGGGGGAUAUGGGACAGGCAUUGAGUGUGGUAUGGUUAUCAUAUCAUUGGAGACAGGGACCUUGAGGUCACCUCUGCUUACCAUUGCUGAUGUAUUUCAUCAGCUUUGGGUACACCCCCUAAAAAAUCAGAACCCAGAGAAGUUGAGAAUACUUGUGUAGGGUUAGGGAGGACUGGCUAUAAGGUGUCCUGGCCAGUGCUCCCAUUCAGUGUUCAGCCUCUGAGACUGAACAUGCUCUCAACCAGGCCUGGUUUUCCUAGGCCAGCACCUCUCUAGGGGGACCUAGAGAGGCUAGGAUACCCCUGGGAACAGUAGUUCAGGGUCUCAGGAGACAGGACUGCCCAAAGUUUCUUCCCUCUCGGGGGUGGAUUUUCUUCCUAGGUUCCCAGCAGAGCUGUGAGGUUUCUUCAUCGAAUGAGUGACUGAGCCUCACUCUACCUGGGGGUGGGGUUGGUUCCUAUGCCAGGAAGCCGGCUGGGAGGUUUUGUUUGGGCGCCUCCAGCCUGGCAUUAGUGAUUGCUGAAGUGUUUGUAGGAAGUUGGAGUGGAGGUGAACCCCAGAUGGAGAUCCUUAUGGGAAGCCAAGAAGGAAACCAGCCUCUGCCUACAGCAUUGCCUGCCAGAGACAGCUGGAAGGCAGAUUCAUUCAGCAAAUGCCAUGUGGGCACUUGCCAUGUCUGUGGUGGUCUCCAAGGAGUGCCAAGGCCCUCACAGGCCUUUAGAGCUUCUAGGGUGCUUGGAGGGUGCCUGCUGGGAUACCCCCCAGACACGGGCGGGUCACCCUUUGCUGAGUCAGCACAUUCCAGUGUGUCUGGUCUUUGCUGAGAGAAGGUGAGGUCAUCGUGGGGCUGGGCUUGUGAGGAAACUUGAGGAUGCCUGGAGCUGGCAGACUCCAUGCCUGUGGGCAUUUCCACAUAGGAAGCUUAGUAAGGUGGUGUGGGCUCAGUGCUCAGCGCUGCCAGAGGUCUGUGCUGAGUUCUGCAGAUGGAACUGACUUGCUGGUAGAUGGAAGACAGAGAUGUUAAAGAGAGAUUGGUUUCCUCAGCCUUGGAAGGGGGACUUCCCACCUCAUAGAACACCCAGGUCAUGGUGGUGGUGGAUCCACCUGAAGCUCAGAUGUGAACUGUGUGACUUGAGGCUGCUGCAAUGGGCCACACAAAAAAUGGCUGUUCAGACAGUUCAGGCUUGUUUGUCUUUGGCUAGUCUUGGACAUCAGAAGUUAGCCACAUUGAGCCAAAGUCAGUGGUGGGUAGGCCUGGCUCUUCCAGAGGGGUGCUUGUGUGUAUGUGUGUGUGCUUGUGUGUUUAUAUAUGUGUGGUUGUGUGUGUGUUUAUGUGCGGUUGUGUGUAUGUGUGUGUGGUUGUGUAUGUAUGUUUGUGUUUGCGUGUGGUUGCAUGUAUGUGUGAGUGGUUGUGUGUUUGUCUAUGUGUGCUUGUGUGUUUGUAUAUGUGUGGUUGUGUGUGUGUGUGUGUGUGUGUGUGUGUGUGUGUGUGUGUAGGAUCUGCUCAGCUGCUGCCGGCCCCCCACAACUUUCUGACCCUGAGCACUAUCUUCUCAUUUGUUGCCUCUCUGCCCCUAACAUCACAGGUCUCUUUCUGACAAUAACCUUCUGAUCCCUCAGGAAGGACCCGUGAUAACAGUGAACAACCCUGCCUCCCUCUCCUAGCUCCUCAGUGUCAUCCACAGGGUCCCUCAUGAGAGAACCUAUGCCUGGCUUUGGGACUUGGCUGUGGGUCGUUUGGAGUCCUGUCACCUCUGCCAGUACAAAGGCAAAGGGGGUAGUGACUGAAAACUCUGGGCUCCUCGUAGAGCUCAGGAGGUCUACUGUCAACACUGUAGCUGUCCUCUAAGGCCUUGGCUCUGAAGGCACGUGCUAACCCAAGAUCCUCCAGAGGCUUCCUACCCUCCUAGCUCAGGAGCGGGCUGACUCUUCACACUGGGACCUUGCUGCCUUCUCCCCUCGGAAGCCUCCUAUUGACUACUUCCAGCAAAUGCCUGCCCCAUUGGCUGUUUCUUUGACUUUCUAGUCCUUGGCCUCCCUGCUCUUGCUAUUCUUAGGUCCUCUGCUCUAGAGACAGCAUGGUCCACCCUUGCUGACCUUUUGUAUUCUAUGCUCACUUCAAGGUGCUAGGACCAGUUCCUACCAUGGCCAUGGGCAUUGUGGUACUCAGCACGUGACUGGGAUGGGGCUGUGUGUGGGUGAUAGAGGAGAAGCUUAAGAUGACUCUAUCUCUCUCUCUCUCUCUCUCUCUUUGUGUGUGUGUGUGUGUGUGUGUGUGUGUGUGUGUGUGUAAUGCAUAUAUGUGUGUGCACACACUCUGUCUGGACUGUUGGUGGCAGGUGCAGAGGCCACUCCACUCCCCAGCACAGGAGUCACCUGCCAUGUUAGGCACCUGUGCCUGUGUGCAUGUACGUGUCAAUGUGUGUGUUUGCCCAUGGAGGCCAGAAGAGGGUGUGAGAGUCUCCGUAGCUAGACUUGCAGGCAAUUGUGAACUACCUGAUGUGGGUCCUAGGAGCCAAGCUCAAGUCUCACAGAAGAGCAGGAAGCACUGUUAAAGGCUGAGCCAUCCAUCUCCACUCAUGUCAAAGGUAAAGCCAUUGUCUAGGCUACCACCUUGAAGCCUCUCUGUCCAGUACUAGCUUCACAGAACACACAGUAUAGCUGGAGGCUCGGUGUCAUCUACUUGUCAAGCUGAGGACUUUGGGCUGCUGUGGCAUCUAGAGUGGCAGGUGGUUCCUGUGCUGGGGAGGGGAGUGGCCUCUGCACCUGCCACCAACAGUCCAGAGUCUGUUGUUGGUGUGCUUGGGUUACUCAGUGUGUGACAAACAUAGAAAUAGAGUCCAAGAGAGCACCCAGUUGUUCAGUAUGAGUCAGAAGAGAACCCACAUUGUAUAGGGGCAUUGUGUCCCAGAAGGCCAGGAGGACACGAGAGAUGUUGGGUUUUUUUCCCCCUAUGGAUGCAUGUGCAGGGGAGAGCCUGUGAGAGGGAACAUCUGGCUGGCAUCACAGGGAGAGGGGCUCAAGCCUUGCUUUACCACAGUUAAGAAAGUGAAUUUAGGCAGCUGGUAGCCUUCAAGGCCUGGCUUCCCUGAGUGUAAACUGGGCCCUUGGCUAUGUGUGAGCCACCCAAUGGCCUCCAGAAGCCAAGGUCUUUCCCUGAAUGUUCAUAUUCCUGAAGACUUGGCUAAGCUGAAUACUGUGUAAGACAGCUGGAGAAACCCCAGUGAGGGGUGACCACGCUCCUGGCUAGCUGCCCUGCCGGGGCCAGGUGUUCCCCAUCUGUGUGCUGAGGGUGGACCUUAAUGGCUCGCCCUGCCUCUGCUUCAGAGCCAAAAAAGGAAGUUUGUGUCAGAUGCAAGCCUGUUUUUCACUGUUAGGACACCAAACUAUCUGCCCAGAAGGCUGUUGAUCAGGCCACGCCCUACCCUAAGUUAUUCAGUGUCGCUUAAAUGUGAAUUUAUCGUUAUCCAAUAAAUUCUAAAACUGUGGAAGCACACGCGUGUUCGUCUGUUUCUGUCACCACGGAAUCUCCCGGGGACUGGUGAGCUGAGGUUUUCUUUCCUCCGUUUAACUUUUCAGAGGCAUCAAUUAUAGAUAUUGAUUCCAGCCCAGCAAAAAUAAUUCCUCUCUGCAGAGACUGAAGGCAUUUAACGACAGUUCCCUGUUGAGUCCAUGCAACUCUCAGCCCCAGUGGGGUGGGCAUGUGGGCCUAAGGAAUGGAGGGCUGUUUAAAGGCAGGGCAGGCCUGUCCCUGAUGUCUCCAUCCCAGACCCUUCUACCUGCCCUGAAGCCUUCUGCACUGCUCUCAUCCAUGCUCUUAGGAGGUGACAGACACUCAAGAGAUGAGGCCACAUGGUUGUGAUUCCCUGCAAGCCACCGGGGACUCAUCAGAUGGCUUCAGAACCAAUUCACCAGCAAUAUUUAGAGAUCAAUCACAGCCCCCUCCAGUCCCGGAAGUAGAGUCUGAGCUUGCUGAGCCGAGUCGAGGCCUGCUGCUAUCAUGUCCUGGUUGAUGGAGGGAGCUCUGGUGUGGAGGUGCCCUUUGCUGAGGUCACAAGCUCAGUGACAAGAGCUGUCCUGAAGCAGAAACCGAGGCUUAGGGACAGCAGGUGACAGCUCAUGCUCCUCCUGUGUGGGGAGCCACACAGGACAUGCCAUUGGACGUUCCAUUGGCCCACCAUGCUGUUCUGCUCUGUACCCUGGUGCCUUCUGGGUGUGGAGAGAAGGGCCUUAGGGAUUGAGUGAAGCUAGGAAGUCAGCGUGGUUGGAGCAUCAGAGGGAGAGGCCUGAACAGUCUCGUGGUGCCACAGGUAUAGUAGACUUUCUGAAAAUAUCUACCCAUCAUUCACUUAGAUGAGUAGGUUGGUUCAGGCAAGUGGCUGGGCCACUUUCUGGCUUAGGGGCAGCAGGGCUGUGGAUAUUUCUGCAGUUCUGGGAAGUUCGGUGUGCAGAGGUGUGGGUCGGGUGCUGUUUGCAUGGGUGUAGUGAGUGUGGCUGGAUGUGGACUUCUGGAUGAGUGUUCCUCCCCCACCCCCCAUGAGCUUGGGCUCUGAGCGACAGCAAGAGACAGGGGCCCAGAUCCAGUGACACUUCCUGCACACCCUGUGUUGCUCUUCUUGUUUCCAAACUGCUGCAGAAACUAAAUGAUUAAUUAAGCGGCACCCACACAGGUUCUUUUUUUUUUCCCCCAAGAAUGUUUUUCUUUCUUUCUUUCUUUUUUUUUUUAAACAAAGCAGUGCUUCAGUGGCUUGUCAGAGAUGGGGCAGGGAGAAAGCUUUAAUGGUCUUAAUAAAUCACAGUUACUCACGUGGGCAGAUGCGUCAGGCUGAGGAGGCGCCUGAUUAAGCAUCUAAUUGUGUUGACUGAGCUGGCCACGCCCCCGGGGGUGGCCAUAUUGCCCAGAGAGAUUGUGAGCAAACCCUACCACCUCUUCCUGCCUUCUUUCCUGUUACAGAGCCAGCGCUUCAGAGGAGUCGCUCCCAACCUUUGGCAGACACCUUCUGGUGACUUUUCAGCUUUGCACAUGGAAGCCACCUUAGUUCCUGGAAAGGGGUGGGGGUGGGGUGCAGCAUGGCCAGAGGCACAAGGACUCUAAAGUGGCAUUCUAUUCCUUGGUGUCUUCCCAUUCUAGGCUUGUGAUGAUCAAGUGUAGCUGGGGUUGCCAGGUGGUGGUGGUGCGUACUUUUAAUCCCAGCACUUGGGAGGCAGAGGCAGGCUGAUUUCUGAAUUCGAGGCCAGCCUGGUCUACAGAGGGACAGCCAGGGCUAUACAGAGAAACCCUGUCUCAAAAAAAUAUUUGUAGGUGGGGUGGUGGGAAGGUGACCACUAGCCACUGGCUAAUGAGUACUGCUUGCAAUAUAAAUGAUACAGCACAAAGCUGAAACACACCAGGAGACUGUGCUGGGCUGGUGUGGGCUUACACAACACUAGGAAGACAGAGCACAGUUGAAGUUGGAAAAGCUGGUGCGUCAAGGACAGUUUCAUCCAGAAGAGAGCCAGCAGCUUCCUGGAAGGGGAGACUCAUGAAGCCUUUCAGGAUAAGUGAUAUUAAACCCCAACUUUCUGAGUCCUUUCUAAAAGUCUGGCAAGAGGUAGCCACGCAGACAGGGCCAAUCCUGCCUCAGCAGAGGGCUUGGUCCCUUACUGAGUAGUGCUACCACAGACCUACAGACAAUGACAUAAAAACCCAGUCACCACUGUGUUACAAAAAAAUCUAGAUAGAGCUGGAGAGAUGGCUCAGCGGUUAAGAGCACUGACUUCUCUUCCAGAGGUCCUGAGUUCAAUUCCCAGCAACCACAUGGUGGCUCACAACCAUCUGGAAUGAGAUCUGAUACCCUAGUCUGGUGUGUCUGAAGACAGCUACAGUGUACUCAUACAUAAAAUAAGUUUAAAAAAAUUCUUUAAAAAAAAAAUCUAGAUAACGACCUGGAGGCUCUUGAGCAGUUAGGAUGGCUGGGGUGGGAGUGUUUCAGAGCCAGAGGCUGGGAUGCGUGUGUCCCACUGGGGAGACGAAACACGGCUCCCUCUGAAGCAGACUGUGAAGCUCGUGCCCACAUUGUGACUCGCACCUGAAUUCUCUCUCAUACUUUAAUAGCCCAGAGCUGGCAGCUGGACUCUGCUGUCCAGCUGCAGAUGUGUUGGGUAAACGAAAUGUGGUAUAUCCAUACAAUAGACUAUUAUUUGGAACAAAGUACAAACAUGUUGUAAAACGUGGCUGCACCCCGAGAGAGCCGAGUCACAGCAGGCCGCAUAUUGUUUGAUUUCCUCCUUAUGAAAUGAGUACCGAGCGUGUGCGGGGGUGGGGGGUGAGGGGGUGGGGGUGGGGAUAGAAGGAGACAGGAAGUAGACUGGUGGUUGCUUUAGCCUGAAGAAGGUGUGUGUGUGUGUGGGGGGGGGGUCUGUAACAGGCUGAGGCAGGGGAAUGCUCCUAAGUCACUGUUGUGGGGGGAUCGCAGCUGUCCCCAAGUUCUUGGGCUGUACCCGAGGUGAGAGGAUUUCAGUGGUAAAGUCUCUAUGAAGCGUCAGAAGAGAGGCAAUGAGGUGAAGCCAAAGGGUGGUGGGGAGGGGCCACUUGCUGAGGGACAUGGGCAAAGGAGAAUGGGCAGAGAGCAGAGCUGGUGUGGCAACAACAGGCACAGUGGCAGGGCACCCCGGACUCCUGGGUCAGUGGGAGGGGCUACAGAGGAGCUGCAGUGGCGAAGAUGAUUCUUGUUCCCUCCCACCCCGCAGGCUGUCCACCCUGGGUUUCUGCUGCGGCUCUCUUUUAUAAGAUCUCUUCAUGACUCUCUGCUACGUCUCUCUGUUUCUCUGCCAUGGCUUUCUGCUGUGGCCCCUCUAUCCCGGUUCUCUGCCUUGACCCACAUGCCUUCAUUCCCUCUUUGUGUGUCAGGAGCCUUCUAGGCCCCAGCCUUAGAAAUCAGUAGGAGUCACCUCCAUUUUCAGAUACUUGUCUAGCUUCAAGGUAAUGCACGUGCUGUUCCCUCUCCUGUGGAGUAAUACCACAGAAUUUGGGGCCUCACCUGAACACCACCAUAGUGAGAAAGUGUAUCAGAACCUCAAACAGCCUCCUCAGCUCAAGGCCCCUGAGAUGACAGCAUCCCUGACCUCUGUGUGACCGAGAGUCUGCCCCAAGCCUGACCCCGCAGCUUCCGAAUGUCCUUCCAGCCCUCAGAACCAGAGCAGGAUGUGGUGGGGACUUGCAACCAUUCCCCAGGCGCCAGCUAGAACAGCCCUGUUCGCUCAAGGGUUAAGUCUCGUUGAGGGUUGCCUGGUGUGGAAAUUUAUGAAGGGGAUUUAUUACUAACAGGUGGAGGACGCAGGCAUUUCUGGAGACCCAGAGACAGCCUGCUAGAUGCCUUGCAGAUAACGAAAUGCAGGGGCCCCUUCCCCUGAGACCCACUAAUCCAGAGGCCAUCUGUCCCCACGAGUCAUGGCUCUGGUUAAGACGCAGAGAGACUGAGGGUUGCAGGGUGGAGCUGCCAUGGGCCACAGCACACAGGGAGGGCAAGAGACUGGCCCCAAGUUCAGGCUUCCUCUCUGGGCCAUGGUUUGGAGGAUUUCCAGGAACUUCUGGGUGGGGCUCGCUUUUGUUUCAUCCCCCCUUGCACUCCAGCUGGUCCUGUCACUGUGUUGCAGAGGUCUAGCUGAGUGUGUGUGUGUGUGUGUGUGUGUGUGUGUGUGAUUCAUGGGUUGAGGUGAAGGGUGUCACUUCACUUCGUACGCGCCCCACACUUGCUUAGGCGUAGAAAUUGAGCAUUCCUGUUUAGCACCUGGAGGCAACCAGACCUUAGCUGUACGUUUGGCCCUUCACACUAGACAAGAGCAACCUCAAUCCUGAAUCCACCCCCUUUUCCAUUGAAGAUGUCCCCAAGGCCUGGCGCUUAUAUGCUCCUUGGCUGUGCACCCCACUGUGUGAUGGAGGUCAUCUUGAUCCUGACAAAGUACUACCAUGCAGACAUGGGCAAGGUUCUGGAAAGUUCUCUGUGGAGGUCCUCAGAUUUUGGGACAACCUACACCAAGCUUACUCUCCAGCCUGGUGUCACCACUGUCAUUGACAACUUCUAUAUCUGCCCAGCUAACAAAAGGAAGAUCAUCCUGGUGAGCUCAUCCCUCGGUGACCGGGAACAGAGCCUCUUCCUCAGCACUGAUGAGGGCGCCACGUUCCAGAAGUAUCCUGUCCCCUUCCUUGUGGAGAUGCUCCUCUUCCACCCGAAGGAGGAGGACAAGGUGCUGGCCUACACCAAGGACAGCAAGCUGUAUGUGUCAUCGGACCUGGGAAAGAAGUGGACACUUCUGCAGGAACGGGUGACCAAGGACCACGUGUUCUGGGCUGUGUCUGGGGUGGAUGACGACCCAAACUUGGUCCACGUGGAAGCUCAGGACCUCAGUGGAGGCUAUCGGUACUACACGUGUCUGAUCUACAACUGCUCAGCCCAGCCACACAUAGCACCCUUCUCCGGCCCCAUUGACCGCGGGUCCCUGACCGUGCAGGAUGAGUACAUCUUUUUGAAGGCAACAUCAACAAACCGAACCAAGUACUAUGUCUCCUAUCGCCGAAGUGACUUUGUCCUGAUGAAGCUGCCCAAGUAUGCCCUGCCCAAGGACCUACAGAUCAUCAGCACGGAUGAGCAGCAGGUGUUUGUGGCCGUACAGGAGUGGAACCAGGUAGACACCUACAACCUGUACCAGUCAGACCUGCGUGGGGUUCGCUAUUCCCUGGUGCUGGAGAAUGUGCGCAGCUCGAGGCAAGCCGAGGAGAACGUGGUCAUCGACAUCCUUGAGGUCAGAGGGGUGAAGGGAGUCUUCUUGGCAAACCAGAAAGUGGAUGGCAAGGUGACCACAGUCAUAACCUACAACAAGGGCCGUGACUGGGAUUACCUGAGGCCACCCAGCACCGACAUGAAUGGGAAGCCCACCAACUGCCAGCCGCCGGACUGUUACCUGCACCUGCACUUGCGGUGGGCAGACAACCCCUAUGUGUCAGGCACGGUACACACCAAGGACACUGCCCCUGGUCUCAUCAUGGGUGCAGGUAACCUGGGCUCACAGCUGGUGGAGUAUAAAGAGGAGAUGUACAUCACAUCUGACUGCGGGCACACCUGGAGGCAGGUCUUUGAGGAAGAGCACCAUGUGUUGUACCUGGACCACGGUGGUGUCAUUGCCGCCAUCAAGGACACCUCCAUCCCCCUGAAGAUCCUCAAGUUCAGCGUGGAUGAGGGCCACACGUGGAGCACACACAACUUCACCAGCACCUCAGUGUUCGUGGAUGGGUUGCUGAGCGAGCCAGGGGAUGAGACGCUGGUCAUGACGGUCUUUGGUCACAUCAGCUUCCGCUCUGACUGGGAGCUGGUCAAGGUUGACUUCCGGCCCUCCUUCCCCCGGCAGUGUGGCGAGGAUGACUACAGCUCCUGGGACCUCACUGACCUCCAGGGUGAUCACUGCAUCAUGGGCCAACAGAGAAGUUACCGGAAGAGAAAGUCCACAUCCUGGUGUGUCAAGGGACGGAGCUUCACAUCAGCACUCACGUCACGUGUGUGCAAGUGCCGGGACUCCGACUUCCUCUGUGACUACGGGUUUGAGCGCUCAUCUUCCUCGGAGUCCACUGCCAACAAGUGCUCUGCCAACUUCUGGUUCAACCCUUUGUCUCCUCCUGAAGACUGUGUCUUGGGUCAGACUUACACUAGUAGCCUUGGGUACCGGAAGGUGGUGUCCAAUGUGUGUGAAGGUGGUGUGGACCUGCAGCAGAGCCCAGUGCAGCUGCAGUGCCCCCUCCAGGCACCCCGGGGCCUGCAGGUGAGCAUCCGAGGAGAGGCAGUGGCCGUGCGGCCUAGAGAAGAUGUGCUGUUUGUGGUGCGACAGGAACAGGGUGAUGUCCUGACCACUAAAUAUCAGGUGGAUCUUGGGGAUGGCUUCAAGGCCAUGUACGUGAACCUCACUCUGACAGGCGAGCCCAUUCGACAUCACUAUGAGAGUCCUGGCAUCUACCGAGUGUCCGUCAGGGCUGAGAACAUGGCAGGCCAUGAUGAGGCUGUGCUCUUUGUCCAGGUCAACUCUCCCCUGCAGGCCCUCUACCUCGAGGUAGUUCCUGUCAUUGGCGUCAACCAGGAGGUGAACCUCACAGCCGUGCUGUUACCCCUGAAUCCCAACCUCACUGUCUUCUACUGGUGGAUCGGCCACAGCUUGCAGCCUCUGCUUUCCUUGGACAACUCGGUGACAACAAAGUUUACGGACGCUGGGGAUGUGCGUGUGACAGUGCAAGCUGCCUGCGGGAACUCAGUGCUUCAGGACUCCAGGCUCGUCCGUGUGCUCGAUCAGUUCCAGGUGGUGCCUCUGCGGUUCUCCAGGGAGCUGGACACCUUUAACCCCAACACUCCUGAAUGGAGGGAAGAUGUGGGACUGGUGGUCACCCGACUGCUCUCCAAGGAGACCAGCAUCCCAGAGGAGCUGCUUGUGACUGUGGUAAAGCCAGGGCUGCCCACCAUAGCCGACUUGUAUGUGCUUCUGCCUCUGCCAAGGCCCACAAGGAAGAGGAGCCUCACAAGUGACAAGAGACUGGCAGCCGUGCAGCAGGCGCUGAACUCUCAUAGAAUCAGCUUCAUCCUUCGAGGAGGGCUUCGUAUCCUGGUGGAGCUGAGGGACACAGACACAGGUCCUCAGAGGCCAGGUGGCAGUGGUGGCUACUGGGCCGUGGUGGUCCUCUUUGUCAUUGGGCUCUUUGCAGUAGGAGCAUUCAUCCUCUACAAGUUCAAAAGCAGGAAACGUCCAGGCAGGACAGUGUACGCCCAGAUGCACAAUGAGAAGGAACAGGAGAUGACAAGUCCCGUGAGUCACAGUGAGGAUGCCCAGAGCACCAUGCAGGGCAACCACUCAGGGGUGGUCCUGAGCAUCAACUCUCGUGAGAUGCAUAGCUACCUGGUGGGCUGAUGGCACCAGCUGGCCAGGACACUCUCCUCCUGCUUCCUCCGGAGAGGGCACAGGACCACAACUGCAGCUGGAAUGACACACCCUCUGAGACCCGUGGAAAGGCCAACUCCUCUAGCUGUCCCCACUCAGAGGACAGACACUUCUCCCUGUCAGCCCCAGCUGGCCCAUGGGAUCCUGGGACAGCCGACUCAUGACCCACCUGGACACGGGCCUGUGGUGCCACACAGAGUCCCCACCCUUGACUCUGAGGCAUCACAGUCCUUAGACCUGAACAUGCUGCCCUGGUUACUCCAUCUUGCCACUGCAGCCCAGGCCUGGCUUCUCCUGCCUGGGGCUGGACCAGCCUAUUUCUGGGGUGAGCCUGCAGCCACCACCACCCCCACUCCAGACUUGUAGCCUGCUCAGCCCUGGCCCCACAGUCCCUGUCCCUGCAGAGGACCCCAGAGUCAGGAAGUCUCUGGGCCAGACCAACCCAACACCACCUUCCAGGAAGCCACUCUCUCCACUGCAGUGUAAAUACCUGCCCGGGUAGAGCUAUUUGAGUUUGGGGGCUCUUUCUUUUAGCUUUCUGUUUUCAAGGCAGGCAAUAGAAGCCAUCUUCGAUCCAUCAGAAUCCCACUCUCAGAACCCCUCUUUCAGAAUGCCCAGAGCUGGGCCUAGAGGGGCAACUAUCUCUCUGAUUUUCCCUCAGGGCUACAGGGUUAGAGGCAAGAAAAGAAGGGACCCUUACAUGCAAUUCCUGCUCCAUCCAGCAGGAUGUGCCCUUCUACAGCUUCUAGGCUGAUGGCUGGCUUCCGGUCAGGUCUGGGCUUUAGAAGAGACUACAGGCCCCAGAAAGGCACAUUAGUAGAACACAUCAGGCUCUGAUGCCCUAUGGUUUGAGGAACCCUUGUAAGAACCAACCAGAAGAGGGGUGGGAGGGCAGCAUCUCCUGGGAAAACGAACUAGAGGAUCCAGAGCCUUGUGGCCCUUUCACGGUCAGAGAAAGAAAGCAGCAGAGGUAGCCCUAGAGUCGCCUGCUGCCUGCUCCUACGGCCAAGUCAGGGACCCAGCACAGGUUGACACUGUGAGCUGGCAUCAUUCACCUUUUGCCUUGAAACUGAAGUCAGUAUUCCCUUCCCUUCCCCUCCUCUUCCAUCCUCUCACCUCCAGACUCUUGCUGCCCUACCAGAGAGCCCAGGCUGGCCUGGAGCGAGGCCCGGGUGUCUCAACACCCACUGCUGCUGCUGCUGCUGCUGUUUGGCACACUCACCAGCACCCAUCAGUUCUCCCUAAGGAAGAAAUGUGACCCAUAUAGAAGAAGAGGUCUCAGACAGACCCUCACAGGACAGCUCCAGCACUUAGUCUCUCUGUUAAGGACUGGGCUGGGUGUCUGUCUAUACGCUCGUCAUAGACAGGACAGCACAGAGCAGGGUAGCUAUGGGGGGCACAAAGCUGGUCUGUGGGAGUGUCUCAACUGUACCCCAAUAUCUCUCACUUUCUGCCACUCUCUGGGGCUCAGGGGUCUCUGCAGAGGUAACUGCGGGCUGUCCUCCUUGGGAGGGGCUACAAAUGGGACCCUAGUGCCAGUGAAGGUCAUGACACUCUAAGACUUUUGCCCCACAUACCUUCUUGCUAUCUCAAAUGAAACCUAAGCAGAGACCUUUUCCCCAUCUGUAUCCCCACAGCAUGGAAGUACCACCCAGUACCACACAGAGGAGAUGCUCACACACGACAGUCUCCAUAAGGCCCAAGGUCAGCACAGAACCCCUGGACAUAGCCCGCCACUUUAGCUCACCAGUGCCUGGGGUGCCUUCCUCGAGCACGCUCUCACUCUCAAGGACACGGGCAGGCUUACCCUAGCUAUUUGGGUUUUUUGUUACUAUUUCUAUUUGAACAUUUGGAGCGUAUAGACCCAAGAUCCUCCCUGUUCUCAUCUCCAUCACUGCAGAUGGCCAUGCAGGCACAGGGUUUCCCUGCCUAUCAGCUGAGGUGCCGUGCAUUAUACAGCCAGGGGCAAAAGCCCAGCUCAGGGGCUCAUAUCACUCUCCACCAGGCCCUGAGCUUACCUGACAUGUGGGCAUAGCAGAGGUGAUGAGUUCUUUGUUUUUCCUUUAUAUAAAAAAAAGAAACAAUAAAUCAUUUGUGAUGCUUUUAACAAAGGUUAAA